CGCUUUGCACUCCGGACAAUUAGCCGCCCGUGACAGGCUGUGCCCUGCGCGGGACUUAAUUAGGAAGCCCCCCUCGGCCUCGGCCCAGUAUGUCCUGCCCCAGUUCUGGCCCUCCCGGCUUUCUGGCCCUCUUGGCCCCUGGUCUGGCGCUGCUGGCUCACCUCUCCCUUCCCUCCCAGGCCGGGGUGAGGCGACCUCUCUCUGGGCCAAGCCCCCAGGGCUCCUCCGGCAGCAGGACUCUCAUCCUCCUGGACGUGAGCCCCCGGAGCCCCCUCCGGGUCACCAGCGAGAAUUUCCUGUCGCUCCAGCUGGACCCCUCCGUUCUCCACGACGGCUGGCUUGACUUCCUCAGCUCCCGGAGGCUGGUGACCCUGGCCCGCGGCCUGGCGCCCGCCUUCCUUCGCUUCGCCGGCAAGAGGACCGACUUCUUGCAGUUCCAGAACGUGAAAAACCCGGCGAAGAGCCGCGGCGGACCCGGACCCGACUACUACCUCAAGAACUACGAGGACGACAUCAUUCGUAGCGAUAUUGCCUUGGAUAAGCAGAAAGGCUGCAAGAUUGCCCAGCACCCAGAUAUCAUGUUGGAACUACAGAGGGAAAAGGCAGCUCAGAUGCACCUGGUCCUCCUCAAAGAGCAAUUCUCCAAUACUUAUACCAAUCUCACACUAACAGCCAGGUCUCUAGACAAACUCUAUAAUUUUGCUGAUUGCUCUGGCCUCCAUCUUAUCUUUGCAUUGAAUGCUUUGCGCCGGAACCCCAACAAUUCCUGGAACAGUUCCAAUGCCCUCAGCCUGAUCAAGUACAGUGCCAGCAAGAAGUACAAUAUCUCCUGGGAACUGGGCAAUGAACCCAAUAACUACCGAGCUCUGACAGGGCGAGCAGUGAAUGGUACUCAGUUGGGCAAGGACUACGUGCAGCUGAAGAGGCUGUUGCAGCUGAUCCGCACCUACUCCCGAGCCAGCCUGUACGGCCCCAACAUUGGGAGACCUAGGAAGAAUGUUGUGGCCCUCUUGGAUGGGUUCAUGAAGGUAGCAGGGAACAUGGUGGAUGCUGUUACCUGGCAACAUUACUACCUUGAUGGCCGAGUGGCCAAGGUGACGGACUUCCUGAAAACACGCCUGUUAGACACACUCUCUGACCAGAUCAGGAAAAUCCAGAAAGUUGUCAAUGCACAUACACCUGGAAAAAAGAUUUGGCUGGAAGGCAUUGGGGCGACUUCUGAAGGAGGCAUUACCAACCUCUCGGAUUCUUAUGCUGCCAGUUUCCUGUGGCUAAAUUCCCUUGGGAUGCUGGCUAGCCAGGGCAUUGAUGUGAUCAUGCGACACUCAUUGUUUGAUCAUGGACACAACCAUCUUGUGGACCAGAACUUCAACCCAUUGCCGGAUUAUUGGCUCUCUCUGCUUUACAAGCAACUCGUGGGACCCAGGGUACUUGCUGUUCAUGUGGCUGGGCUGCAGAGGAAACCUCGUCCCGGCCGGGUGAUCCGUGAUAAGCUGCGAAUCUAUGCUCACUGCACCAGCCACCACAACCACAGUUAUGUUCGUGGUUCGAUCACGCUGUAUAUCAUCAACUUGCAUAGGUCCCGGAAGAAAAUCAAGUUGGUGGGUACCCUUCGGGACAAACUCAUCCAUCAAUAUGUGCUACAGCCCUAUGGUCAGGAGGGGCUAUACUCUAGGUGA